AUGAGCACCGUAUUCCAACUCUGCGUCGGCUUCAAUUUGAACGCUUCAAACCAUCCUCACGCUCAAGCUACUACUACCAAUUGCAAGUUCUCCGCUCAAUCAGUGAGAGCACUUCCUAUACGGAUAUUAUCCGUGGGAAAAAAACGAUCACAAGGACUGCAACUCAUGGUUGACGAGUAUGUCGAAAAGAUUAAAUAUUAUUGCAGUGUUGAGGAUGUUCAAAUUCGGCCAAAUCCCAGAAAUGCACGUGAUCAUAGGGCGCAAGUUGAUGAUGAAGACACGGCAGUGAUGAAUAUUAUAAGGUCUGAUGAUUGGGUUGUGAUGUUGGAUGAACAUGGGCAAGAUGUACGGUCUGAGCAAAUGGCAGAGUUGGUGGCUGAUGCAGGAAAUACUGGUGCUUCACGAAUAUCUUUCUGUAUUGGCGGACCCUAUGGUCAUGGAAGAAAAAUAAGGGAACGUGCUAACUUAUCAAUCAAGUUAUCUUCAAUGGUUUUAAAUCAUCAAAUAGCAUUACUUGUGCUUGUGGAACAGAUUUACAGGUCAUGGACAAUUUUAAGGGGACAAAAGUAUCAUCAUUAG